AUCGCCGCAACCCGGAAGUGAGAGCGGUAAGGCGACGAGGAGGACAAACACAAACAAACAAACAUGGCUCGAGCUUUGCUUCGCGGAGCCGUCGGCGCGUCGUUGCGGCUCAGCGGGACUUCAACGCCGCUUGCUGCCGCGACUCGUUUCUGCUCUCGGGCCGAACCGGAGCCGCUGACGGUGCGACGGCAAAGCCACGGAAUCAGGAGGAUCAUAUUGAACAAUCCCAAGAAGAGGAACGCUCUGUCUCUGUCCAUGCUGGAGUCCCUCAGAGAAAACAUCAUGGCCGACGUCGACAGUGACGACCUCAGAGUGGUGAUCAUAUCAGCCAGAGGUCCAGUGUUUUCCUCUGGACACGACCUGAAGGAGCUGACGUCCGCUCAGGGCCGAGAAUAUCACACAAAGGUGUUUCACACCUGUGCAGAAGUAAUGACUCUGAUACAAGACAUACCCGUUCCGGUGAUCGCCAUGGUGAACGGCGUCGCCACGGCGGCCGGUUGCCAGCUUGUCGCCAGCUGUGACGUCGCCGUGGCGACGGAGACGUCCACCUUCGCCACGCCGGGUGUGAACGUGGGUCUGUUCUGCUCGACGCCGGCGGUGGCCAUCGGCAGAGCGGUGCCGCGGAAGGUCGCCAUGGAGAUGCUGAUAACGGGCACUCCCAUCUCGGCCCACAAUGCUUUGCUGCACGGUCUGAUCAGCCGAGUGGUGCCGGAGGAGCGCCUGGAGGAGGAGACGCUGGCCAUCGCCCGCCGGGUGUGUCGGGCCAGCCGGCCCGUCGUCGCCCUCGGCAAGGCCACCUUCCAGAGACAAAUGGCUCAAGGUCGAGACGCGGCGUACGCCACCGCCUCCAAGGUCAUGGUGGACAACCUGGCGCUGAGGGACGGGCAGGAGGGCAUCCGGGCCUUCAUCGAGAAGCGCCAGCCGGUGUGGAGCAACACGGCGGAAAAGGCCCACGACUGACCGAGGAUUUGAACCGGCGACUUCCUCUGGAGACGAGCCGAUGAACCAUUUUGUGCCUCGAAGAGUCCAGAUGUGUAUAUAAAGCUGAAAGAAUGCUGCUCUCUGUAUUUGUAUAAUUGUAAAUGCAAUAAAUCGGGUUACACGUUGG